UUGUUAUCCGGGCCCCACCUGCCAUGUCUUCUGGACCACUCCACCUCAAAUGCCUUGUGUUGGGCGAUGAUCCUCACCAUGUAUUUGAGAUUGAGAUUGCACCUGACAGAAAGUGUCAGCGCUCUCCAAAAGGCUAUCAAGGACGCGAAGAUGCGACGUCUUGACCGUGUUAACGCGGACGAUCUCGAACUAUGGAAGGUCAAGAUAAAUUUGGAAGACCUACACUUACUCCGCACGAUCGGAGGCAACUCCAUGGAGUUGAAGCCGUCAACCAAACUGUCCACAAUGUUCACGGAUGGAGUAGAGGACGGAUGUGUUCAUGUCGUCGUACAGCGUCCUGCCGUUGCACAACUCUUUCCAAUUGUUGAAAAAUGUCUCGCGUAUCUCAAGAAGGAUGCAGGUGCUCCGUCAACUGGUGCAAGACCGUCCGCAUUCUCUCCAAAGCAGGAAAACCAAGAGUACCUUUGCAAUCGUCCUCGCAGAGCCUCGGACCCAGUUCUGGUCACUCUUCUCGAGCGUAUCUUCGCCGAGUUCAUGGAUGAUUGUCAAAAUUGACAACCAACUAACGACAAUAACGACAUUGUUUGGCAACUUUCAGAAA